AUGGAGGGUCAUCGCCACAGGCCAGGCCCGCUGAAGCAGACGAAUAAGGCGUUUAAGCCCGGCAAGCAUGCCACCAAGGGUGAACUCCGCCGCAAGGUGAAGGGUAAGGUUGGCAAGACCACCGUCCAGCAGCGCCCCAGCCUCAAGAAGGUCGUCGGUAACUCGCGUGAGAACCGAAAGAAGCUGCAACACAUCAAGAGCCUACAAAAGAAGGCGGAGGUGCUUCACAGCAAGCGCCUGGGCACUUCGGCCGGUCCGCCCAAAAUCAUCGGUAUCAUUAGCCUGGGCGCCAAUGCCGAUACCAAGGCUGCCCGAUCCAUGCUGCUCGCGGAGGCAUCUUCUCCUAUUUCCGCCGAGCGAGUGGGUCCCAUCACAGCCAAUUUCCCGGCGUUCAAGCAGAGAAUGACGUUGUUCGAGGCCCCGCGCGACAUUGAGGCCGUGCUGGACAUCGCCAAGGUCGCGGACAUUCUUCUCCUCGUCAUCCCCGCCGACGGUGGUGUGGACGCCACCGGCGAGGCCUUCCUGUCGGCCGUCAAGGCGCAGGGAAUGCCCUCCCUGCUGGUCGCACUACAGGGACUGGCUGCCGUUCCUCAGAAGAACAGAGCCGACAUCAAGAAGCAGAUCAAGGAAUUCGCUGAGUUCCACUUCCCCGACUUUGAUCGCGUGCUUCCUCUCGACACAGCCGACGAGGCCACCCAGGUCAUGCGUUUCCUGUCCAAUUUGCGAGUACGCCAGGUGCUGAGCAGGGAGAGGCGACCCUAUCUCCUGGUCGACUCGCUCCACUUCGAGCCCACCGGCGUGCAGCCCUCAGCCGCCUCCGGGCCGUUCGCCGAGUCGACCACCAUCCCCGUGGGAAUCCUCAAGGUGUCGGGCUACCUGCGCGGCGGCCCGCUGUCGGCCAACGACCUGGUGCACCUGCCCGACUUUGGCGACUUCCAGAUGUCGCAGAUCGACGGCACGCCCGACCCCCACCCGUACAGCACGCGGGUGCCGAAGGACGGCAAGAAGGGCGAGGGCAUGGAGGCGGAGGAGGGCGAGGGUGCACAGCGGAGGGAGACUCUGGAAAUUUUGGACAUGGCCGACCCUGACAAGCAGGAAUCCCUGCAAUCCGAGGUGGUGCCCGACGUGAUGGCGAACGAGCAGAACUUGACCGCCGAGGACGAGGCGGAGAUCAUGUCUCAGGUUUCGGGCACGGACAGGAAGAAGAAGAGGAAGAAGGUCCCCAAGGGCUACUCCUCGUACCAGUCGGCCUGGAUUGUCGACUCGGACGAGGAUGAGGACGAUGACGGCGAAGGAGAAGACGACGAGGACGACCAGGGAUCGAUGGACCUGGACGGCGGCGAGAAGGGCAAGGAGCACGGCGAGAUGGGCAUGGACGGAUCGGAACACAGCAACGAUGAGGGAGGGGACAACGACGGCGAUGAGGAGGAUGAUGGUGAAGACGAUGGUGAGGAUGGGUGGACCGAGGAUGGCGACGGCACUGAGACCAUAGAUAUGGAAGCGGCGGAACUGGAACGUGAGCGCAUGCGACAGGAGGCCACGGAGGACAUGAAGUGGCCGGACGAGGUGCAGACCCCGAUGAGCGUCAAGGCCAAGAUCCGCUUCCAGAAGUACCGAGGGCUCAAGUCGUUCCGCAACACGCCGUGGGACCCCAAGGAGAACCUGCCCCUGGACUACGCCCGCAUCUUCCAGUUCAAGAACUUCACCAGGACCGUGAAGAAGCUCCUCGACGAGAGAGACGGCAUUGUGAUGGGCACCUACGUCACGCUGCACGUCCUGAACGUGCCGCAGGCGCUGGGCGAGUGGAUCAACCCCUCGCGCCCGUUCGUCGUGAGCGGCCUCUUCAAGCACGAGCACAAGACGACCGUCAUCAACUUUGCCGUGCAGAGGAUGCCCUCGUACACGGAGCCCGUCAAGUCGAAGGAGGAGCUCAUCAUCCAGUGCGGCUUCCGGCGCUACAGGUCGCGCCCGGUCUUCUCGCAGCACUCGAUCAGCUCCGACAAGUUCAAGUCCGAGCGCUUCUUCCAGCCUAACCGCAACUCCGUGGCCACCAUCUACGGCCCCGUCAUGGUGCCGCCCGCGCCAGUGCUCAUGUUCAAGGAGAUCGACGAGAACUUUGGCCUCUCGGCGUCGCCCAAGCCCGUGCACUCGUUGCGGCUGGUGGCCAUCGGCUCGCUCCUCUCCGUGGACCCCGACCGCGUGGUGGUCAAGAAGAUCGUCCUCACCGGCUAUCCCUACAAGAUCCACAAGCGCGGAGCCGUCAUCAAGCACAUGUUCUACCACCCUGACGACGUGCGAUGGUUCUCGCCGGUAGAGCUGUGGACCAAGUACGGACGCAGUGGACACAUCAAGGAGCCCCUGGGCACGCACGGCCUCAUGAAGUGCCGAUUCGAUGGCAAGAUCCAGAACCACGACACCGUGUGCAUGAACCUCUACAAGCGAAUCUAUCCGAAGUGGGGUACGACGACGCUGCUCAGCGAGAAGCCCUCGUCCUACCGCCCGCGGGGAUCGGCCUUCUCAACGUCGUCCUCUUCUGCCUCGGGUCCGUCUGCCCUCACGGCCGAAGCCCUCGCCAGGCACGACGCCAUGUGA